AUGAGCUCCAGUACAGUCGAAGAAAUUGAAAAGCUGCGCGAGAAAAUAAGAUUGCUCACAGAAGAAAUUAAUAGUGGAGAUGUCAAAACAGCCCCUGAACAAACUAUGACACAAGCUCCGCAGACGAGAGCGAAAAUAGCUCAAAUGAGUGCAGAGGUUGUUGACUCGAACCCGUACAGUCGAUUGAUGGCUUUGAAGAAGAUGGGAAUAGUAAAAGAUUAUGAAAAAAUUAGAGAAAAAACUGUUGCUGUUGUCGGAGUUGGAGGAGUUGGAAGUGUUGUUGCUGAAAUGCUGACCCGAUGUGCUGUAGGAAAAAUUAUUCUCUUUGAUUAUGAUAAAGUAGAAUUAGCAAAUAUGAACAGAUUAUUCUAUCAACCUCAUCAAUCAGGUCUCAGUAAAGUAGAAGCUGCUAGAGAUACUCUUCGUCAUAUUAAUCCCGAUGUCGAGUUCGAGACUCAUAACUUCAAUAUUACUACUCUGGAUAAUUUCAAUAAGUUUAUUGACAGGAUGAGACAUGGGUCUUUGACAAAUGGUAGAGUGGACUUAAUCCUCAGUUGUGUUGAUAACUAUGAAGCUCGCAUGGCAGUCAACACAGCUUGCAAUGAAGAAAAUCAAGUGUGGAUGGAGUCAGGAGUUAGUGAGAACGCCAUUUCCGGACAUAUUCAAUACUUAGAACCUGGAAGAACUGCUUGCUUUGCGUGUCUUCCUCCUUUGGUCGUAGCAGAAGGAACAAGCGAAAAAACUCUCAAGAGAGAAGGUGUUUGCGCUGCAUCGUUACCUACUACGAUGGCUGUUGUUGCUGGAUUUUUAGUUCAAAAUACCUUGAAAUAUCUUCUGAAUUUCGGUGAAGUAUCUAUGUAUGUUGGAUAUAACGCAUUAGUGGAUUUCUUCCCACGCGAGGAGAUGUAUCCAAAUCCUCAAUGUGAUGACAAGUUUUGUAGAAAACGACAGAAAGAAUAUGCUGAGACUAAGAAAAAUGAAGUUCCUCAAGAGGUUGAAGUCGUAGAAGAGUCUGUUGUUCAUGAGUCCAACGAGUGGAAUAUUCAACUUGUUGACGAGUCAGCUAUUGAAGAAAAUGUAACAACUGUUGGUGCCGGACUAAGAUUCGCUUAUGAACUUCCUAACAAGAAGGAGGAUGAGGAAGAAGAGGAAGUAACACCAGCUGCAGAUUCGGGCAAGGAUUUAGCGGCUUUGAUGGCGCAAUUAAAAGGACUUUAA